GACAAGGAAAUAAUUGUAGAUUGAGCGCCGAAAUCACAAGAAGAACAGGUUACGUUUGUCAAGGCGGAGAGUCAUUAGUCAGAGUAAUGUACUACCUGUCUGUGAUUGUUUUAGCUGUUUUUGCUGUGGUUUCUGCAAGGCAGUUUUGCCCUAAAAACAACCAGAAUGAUGCUUUGGCAUUUCGAGGAAGACCGGCUGGGGCUAUGUAUAUUCGAAUAAGUAAGUAUAUUGCAUUACGUUGUUGUAUGACAGGUUAUACAACCAUCAGGUGGAAGAAAUGGAACCAGCUUCAGAGCCGAUACGAUGAUUACCCUUGGGACCAGGAUCGAGAGGACCUAGGCAUCAUUGAAGACGGUCAAGUACUAGAGAUAACAUUAGUGAGAGCUUACGAUGAAGGACGAUACAUCUGUGAAGGUCAAAAUGGUAGUUCCACAAUUCAACAAGAGAUCCAUUUGAAAGUUAUUUCAUGUGAAGCAUCAGAUGGUAAGAUCCAUAUAGUCGAGGAACCAGUAGGGCCAGUGACAGCUUCUCUGGGUGAUCGCAUAGAAUGGAAGUGCAAAGGUUUCUUUGGCUGUGCGUCAGAUGGUAGCCAGAAUGAAAGAAUAGCACAAUGGCAAUACAAGGACAGUGAUGUGUUUCACACUAUUCGGAAUUUAAGCGCCAGUUAUAAACUUUAUAAAGACCCAAGUAGUGAUGGUGGAACAGUUAGUUCUAUACUGGUCAUAAACGGAGUGGCAGAAAAAGAUUAUCAUAGAACAUUUAAUUGUUUGUUAGAGACCCCUGCCAGGAGCAAGAAUUUUUCCAUUCAUAUAUCUCCUCCAGUUACAAUACCGGAUCGCAGAUUAUAUUUCCUUUAUCUGUUUCUGCUGUUUCCCCUGAUACUGAUAGUUGGUAUCCUUAUGAACUGUUUAUUUGGGGCCCGCAUCAAAUACUGGUAUAAAACCAAAUGUCCCUGCUCAGCCUAUUCUCUCGAUAAAGAUGGUUUUGAGAAUGAUAUUUUGAUAGUUAGAAGUGAUAAAGAUAGGGCUUUUGUUGAGGAUCAUGUAAAAAAACACAUAAAGGGCUAUAAGGUAUUUGAUAAAGACAGUGUUCAGCUAGGACAAAUUGAAAACUCUAAAAUGACAGAAGCUAUACCAAAGAGCUAUUCAAUAGUUAUCAUUUAUUCUAAAGACUUGUUAAUGGAUAGAGAUGCCGACUAUAUAUUUCAAAUCAUCAGAGGUGUUGGACAUCGGAACGUCAUCGUUAUCAAAUUGGAAAAUAUCUCGAAAGAGGAACUAAAAUCAAUCAUAAGUGAUGAAAUCUUAAAAAUCUCUCAUUCAGUUUGGCCAAGUAUUACAUGGCCGACUACUGGUACCGAAAAUAGUCGAAAGUACAAAAACUUUAUUUAUGAUUUGAAAGACAAACUACUUACAAAAUCAAUUCCGAUACCAACGAUGCCAGAGGAAGCGAGUGAUGUAUCAAGUCCAAGAAGAACUUCAUCCGAACUCCCAUUACUAUCUCAGAAUUCCAGUGGAGGUGACAGUGGAUAUGCCACAUCACCAGAUAUAAUAAAAGAAGAACCUCGGUUAAUUUAAAUAAAAACCUAAAGGCGGAGUCUGAACAUUUUAUUUCGAAUAACGGCAAGAAAAAAAGAUUACUAUGUAAAAUAUAGACUUGAGUUGCUAUCUGAGUAAUAGUUAUCCAGUAUCAACCGUUUCUGAAGUAUAUGGACACACAUUUCAAAGCGUGUGGUUAUCUAUAUCAACCCGCACGGAUGUUGAUUCUUGGAAUAACAUCGUGUAAAACAGAACGUUGAUACGAGGAAUACUCAUCUUAUAAGAUCAAACUUGUUAUAGGAUAAACCGGAGGUGUGUAAAUAUCAAUAGUUGUCAUGGGUGAUAAAAUCUUCUUUUUUUGGGGGAGGGGGGGUAAACGUCAAUAGUUGCUAUGUUGCUAUCAGAGAUAUAGUUUGGGAGUGUGUAAGGAUUAAUAGUUGCUAUGGGAGAUAUAGUAUGGAAGUGUGUAAAACAUCAAUAGUUGCUAUGGGAGAUAUAGUAUGAAAGUGUGUAAAACAUCAAUAGUUGCUAUCUUCGCUACUAAAGACAGAUGUCUUCCGCAAGCGACAACGGAGACUGUCAUGACAUAUUCAACGUUAGGGUCAGAAAUCAGGAAAUGACUGACAUUGCAGUAAAUGUGACUGUUUGACAAAAUUACCCGAUCGAUCGAGAUUGUUGUUCAAGGAUUCAAUAUACUGUAUAUGACAUCAUCUGUGGAUUGCGUAACUUUGACAGUCACAGUGCAUAAAAGUUAAUUUAAUUUGGAAGGAUUGUAACACGAUCGCCAUUUAAUAAUUUAAUUUAAAAAGUGGAUAAUCGAGACUUUGUUUAUUACCGUAACAUGGGUAUCACAUCAACAAAGAAACACACACAAUGCACUAAGAGAACCAACAUUGCGUUUUUAAAGGUGCACAAAACUGGGAGCACCACGAUGUCAAACAUAUUACAUAGAUUUGCACUGAGAUACAAUCUUAAUGUUGUUCUUCCGAAUACAAAUGGGACACGACACUUCUGGGUUCUUGGUUUACUGGAUAACGACACACACAAGAAGACUAUCCCUGUGGCUAGAGGGAAAGAAUAUAAUAUACUAGCUGUGGAUACUUUUUAUAAUACACGUAUAUAUGAACAACUUAUUCCCAAUGACCCAUUUUUCUUGGCUAUAUUACGGGAACCUGUCGAACGUUAUAUUUCAUUUCUGUUCUACGAUAAUCGUAUUGAUACUAAAAUGAAACGAAAAAUGAAAACUGAUCCAUAUAUCUUCCGGAACUAUACCGGUAAAGCAUUUUCUGUCUUGGAGGAUUUCAGUUUUCCUGUACAAAACUUGAGUCUAGUCAGAUAUACUGAGCGAAUGGACAACGAAUUUGAUAUGAUCAUGGUGACCGAGUAUUUUGACCAAUGGUUGAUUUUGUUGAAACGGAAGCUGUGUUGGACUUUCCAAGACAUUAUAUAUAUUACUCGUAAUACGAAUUUAAAGAAUACAGGAUAUGCUAUAAGUCCGGCCGACAGACAAAACAUUAUUAAUCUUUUGAAAAAUGAUUCGAUAUUUUACGAACAUUUUAAGAGUAAAUUGUUUAAAGAAUUGAGUAAACUUGGUGCCGAUUUUAUAGAAGAAUUACACAAGUUUAAACUGAUUCUUAAACUUGUUAAAGAUUAUUGUACAUUUGUUAAAAAGGGAGAUAAGUCUCUUGUUAUUUCUAAAUCACCGUGGAACCAACGCUUUAUUGUAGAUCCUCAUGAGUGUCAUAUUAUGCAAUUGACAGAAUUUCCCCUUGUUCAGAUAUUACAGAACCGUCAGCGUAAAUUAUGUUCAAAAUAGUAUAGCGACAUUUAAUAACUGAUUGAUAACAACACAUGACACAAUUACGUUGUGUAUGGAAUAUAAGUUACUUUAGAGGCUUUCUUCUGGCGACGUUUCGACCAGGGUUCUUCCGUUUUUGCGAUAAAGACGAGAGCACCUUUAUAGACGGGAGAACCCUCGUCAAUAAUAAUCUUGCCAGAGUAACUUGUAUUCCAUUUACAGGUAAUUGUGUCAUGUACUAUAUGUAGGGUGCCCCACCAAAAAUAAAUAUCUCCCAAUAUCUCCAAAUAUUUUGAAAAUUAUACCUCAAUAAGUAUAUAUAUAACAAGUCUUAAUCACCUCACAUAUAUAGUCCAUAGAUAAACGGUCGUGUUGUAUUUAACAAGUUAUAAGCAUUUCAAAUAUUUGAAAAAAUAGACAGAAAAAGUAGCGAAGCCGCCGCGAUUAAAUCCGGGCAUUUUUUCGAUUUCCCGGUUGUACUUGAAAAGGAGUAGGGUCGCCUGUCCAACCUCGUCGGCUUUCUCCGGGUUCUCCGGUUUCCUCCCACACCUGAAGACCCCCUACGCGCAAGCGAAUUAUUGAAAUAAAAUUGAACCAUGUGUUAAUCUCGAAAUGGCCUAGUUUGUGUCGAGUGGACGUUAAACCCCAUUUCUCCCUCUCUCCAUUUGCAUUUUUCGUUAAUAUAUCAAAUUUUUCACGACUUAAUACAUUUAUCAGGUAUGCAAAAGUAGCGAAGCCGCCGCGAUUAAAUCCGGGCAUUUUUUAGUGAAAAAUAGAUUAUCUGCCCUUGAUAUGAAAUUAUUCCCUCUUAACCCGUCUACCUUCUCCGGCUGAUUGACAGACCGGGGUAAUCAAGACUAUUUGUUACGAAACGUUACAGAAAGCUAGAUCAAUAAUUCUAAUUUAGAAACACCCACGUUAGGCAACUCAACGAUUGUUUGGAGAACCUUAUAAAAUCAAAAGAAAGAUACUACUAGUAUGAUAUUCUAGCCUAACGAAGUAGCUUCCCAGAUAUUAAUUUUACUAAACCAAAAGAUGCCGCUCCUAACGGUAUAGUUCAUAAUAUAGCGAAUUAAAAAACAAAACGAACGUACUUUUUCAAAGCUGCUGUAACAACGAAUCAGAAAUAUUAUUGUUAUUCAGAAUCGUUAACACCAGAUUUUUUACGGUUUUAAUAGUGAUAGAUGUGUUGAAAAUUUCACGUGCGAUGGCUAUUUAUAGAUUCAUUGACUAUACCGCCCAAUAGUCUCGCACUGCGUGAGAAACCAGAAAUCAGUUGGGACUAGUCACUGAAGCGUGCACAUUCGCUGUGUGUGAAAUAGUUUUUUUUAACGUCCGCUUCCACCGAGGUGACAUCGCAGACAUUCGCUGUGGCGUGUACAACUUUUAAUAGAGAAAAUAUUGGCUGUGUGGGGCAACAUCUAAUUUGUUUUACCAGGUGUUUGAGUGUUAACAUGUUUUAUGUUUUACUUGGGGGGCGGGGUAACAGCCGUUUCGCCAUCAAAAAUUGUAAUAGAAUGAAAAUGAAUGAAAGGUGGUUUAAUGGCAUGUCAGCACCCAGCGGGAUAUUUUGCGCCAAGCAUAUGGUGAUUUUUGCGAGACAAAUUAAAGAACUAUUAAAAAAUAAAUAUUCAUAUAACAUAUGGUGAUGUUUUUAAGAGUUUUAAAUAUACGUGCCUUUCCUAUUGUAUGCUGUACCUUACCUGUAUAUCCUUUUUGUAUUUAUAUUUUUCUAUUUUUCUAUUUGCUUUUAUAUCUAUGUAAAGCGCACUCGAGCACGCUAGUAUGGAAGUGGCGCUAUAUAAAUGCAUAAUAAUAAUAAUAAUAAUAAUAAUAAUUAAAAACAAAUAUCACAGACAUGUUAAUGAAGAAAAAACAAAUAACGCAUAGCUUUAUGUAUAUAAAUAAUAAAAUUUUAAAAUGAAAAACACGAUUAUAUAUAUAUCCAGAAAUAUUAGUACAACCGUAAAGCUGCACUACUUUGUUUCACGGUAAAGAUAUAUAUAGAUAUAUAUAAAUGGUGGAAAUUAUCUAAAUAUAUAUAUAUAUAUACCAAAAAUAAUAUACCUUUUUCUUUAGCUAGAAAAAUAUGCACCAUUGUGAUAGAUGAAGACCUCCGGGUUGUCAGAUUAGGUGAGCUAAAAAGAAAUUUAUUGAAACAGUAUUACCCUCUCGAGGUAAUAGAAGUUGGGAUAAAUAAGGCUUUGACAAUUGAUAUUCAAACACUGAGGGCUACUAAAGCAAAAGACAGUUCGGAUAAUAUCAUUACCUUUGUCGCUACUCAUAACCCCCAACAUCCCAACUUCUUUAAAACAAUGUACGAGAGUAGGGCAAUCCUGGCAUCAGACGACAACCUCAGAAUGAAAUUUGAUAAGGUUCAAUUCAUUAAUUUAAUCAAUAUAAUUUUCCUAAGUUUACAUUUAGUGUCAACGACAAUAUGAAUUGUGACACAAAAAAAUCUCAUAUAUGUCUUGACUUGCAAUGGGUGUCUAAAUUUUUACAUAGGGGAGACGUCCACGCAUCUACGGGAUAGAGUACGCAACCAUCGACGGGAUUGUAAUAUUGAAAAAGGGCCCUUAUUUGUAAAUAGACAUAUUUUUAAAUGUGCACAACACCUACAAGUAAAAUUCCAAAUUUUCCCUUUUUAUAAAAUGAAAGUCGAUGACACCACGAAAAGGAAAUUAAUGGAAAACCAUUUUAUUAAAAAAUAUGUUCCUCGACUUAAUAGACAAUAAGUAACAAUUGGCCAUUAGCUUCAUUAAUUUUCUUAAAUCUAUCCCAUGAUUAUCUUCCACUCAUUGUUCAUAAAUUGAACUCCAUAUACUACAGAUUAACACAUGUGUGUACAUGUUUCUAUUAGUUAACGAUAUACUAUGUAACCAUAGACAAUGGUAACUAUAGCCAUGUAAAUAUGUAUAAAUAUACUAUACUGUCCAUCUUUAUACAAUGACAUUAUUUAUGAAUAGUCCCAAGACGGACGAAAAGUACUUUAAAAUGUUAAAAUGUUAUUAAACCAGUGUUGAAAUACCUUUUUUUUUUUUUAUCUUUUUCAUCAUUUAGCGUGAAACAAAGUAGUGCAGCUUUGCGGUUGUGCAAAUAAUUUUGGAUAUAUAUAGAUAUAUAUAUAUUUAGAUAAUUUCCACCAUUUAUUUGUAAUCAUUUUAUAAAUAGGUAUUUUUAUGUUGCUAAUUGGUGUUUAUUUCUUAUUUUUCUAAAUAAAGACCAGUGCUUAUGAUUGCCAUCUCCCGCCUCCCAAGAAAGCAGAGAAUUACUGAAAUCGAUUCGUCCGUCGAUAUACGUCAUACUUUUUGGGACACAGUAACUUAGAGAAGAAAUUUAUGAGCCGACUGCCUUGACUGAAUUUAAUUUGGAAGGGUCAGAGUCAGUCAAAGCUUAACAUCUUUCAUAAACUGUUAUAAUAAAUAGCGUUGCGUAUUUUCUGUUACCUGGAAACCCGUCUGUCAAUAUCAACAUCACCAACUAGAAAUUUCGAAAGAGAAAGAAAAUUUUUUCAGCUAUUUGUUUUUAGAUCUUUGAAUUCGUUAUGUCCGAUUUUUAUUCAUACCAUUAAUUUAGUUAGGCAAUGAUUUUAUCUUUCCCAUGUAUCGGCAUGUAUUGGAUCAUAAUUUUAAUAUAAAGUAUAAUGGCGAUUGUAUUCUGCGGGUAUUGCUUUUAUAUAUAUAUAUAUAUUUAAUAUGGUUUUCAGGGUUAUUAAAUUCUAAUUUGUGUUAAAAAAUUAAUUAAUCAACUCCAAACAUCUGUUAAGCGUUUUUAUUUCUUUAGUACAAUUUCUGUGUCUUCAUUUGAUAUGUUUUGCUUCAUCUUCCCCGGGGUUAAAUGUGGUUUCGAUAUAUAUGUUCAGAAUUUGUGCUCCAAUUAACCUCAUAAAUCACGGGGAUAAUAAUAUGAAACUGCUUAAUCUUGGAAAAUAUCAGUGUCAUUCAAUGAAAAACUGUUAGAUAACUAUACCUAAUGAGAAAUUGGAAACUUCUUUAUGUGUGUGUGUUUUGGGGGUUUUUUUUGGUUUUUUAUUGUUUUGUUUUUUAUUUUUUAUUUUUUUUUCUUUCUUGAGGGGUUGGUUGGUUUGGGUUGGGUUUAAUUAUGCAAAUAUAUAUGUUUUUAUUUUUCAAUGAUAUGAGUGUACAAUUAAAGUUUAUAAAGGUUUGGGGGUGAUUUUAUAUUUUAUACUGUUAUAUAUCUAUAUAUAUAUUUGUGACUGUCGUUUGUCUGUCUGUCUGUUCGGGGUUGGCGGCUACACUAGGUCUGCCCCGAGUCUGAAAUUUGGGGUAUAGGGGUAGCUCGGACCGGGGAGUAACAUAGGCCAGAUGGCGUUAGUCUACCACUUCCGGUUUCGGAGUUAUGACCCCCUAGCGAAGCCGGUCUGUUCGGGGUUGGCGGCUACACUAGGUCUGCCCCGAGUCUGAAAUUUGGGGUAUAGGGGUAGCUCGGACCGGGGAGUAACAUAGGCCAGGUGGCGUUAGUCUACCACUUCCGGUUUCGGAGUUAUGGACCCCGAGCGAAUUCUGUCUGUUCGGGGUUGGCGGCUACACCUGCCCCGAGUCUGAAAUUUGGGUAUAGGGGUAGCUCGGACCGGGGAGUAACAUAGGCCAGGUGGCGUUAGUCUACCGCUUCCGGUUUCGGAGUUAUGACCCCCGAGCGAAGUCUGUCUGUUCGGGGUUGGCGGCUACAUCUGCCCCGAGUCUGAAAUUUGGGGUAUAGUGGAAGCUCGGACCGGGGAGUAACAUAGGCCAGAUGGCGUUAGUCUACCACGUCCAGUUUCGGAGUUAUGACCCCCGAGCGAAGCCGGUCUGUUCGGGGUUGGCGGCUACACAAGGUCUGCUCCGACUCUGAAAUUUGGGGUAUAGGGAUAGCUCGGACCGAGGAGUAACAUAGGCCAGGUGGCGUUAGUCUACCACUUCCGGUUUCGGAGUUAGACCCCCGAGCGAAGUCUGUCUGUUCGGGGUUGGCGGCUACACUAGGUCUGCCCCGAGUCUGAAAUUUGGGGUGUAUGGGUAGCUCGGACCGGGGUGUAAUAUGGGCCAAGUGGCGUUAGUCUACCACUUCCGGUUUCGGAGUUAUGACCCCCGAGCGAAGCCGGGUAUCCUGCUAGUGUAUAUAUAAAUUACAAUGCAUACUAUUUAUAUCUAUAUACAUAUGUUUUUAACUAUAGCAAACUUUUUGCUUCAACUGUAAUAAAAGUUCAAACGUUCAGAA